CUAAUAAUAAUAAUAAUAAUAAACAGAGCAGAUACAAUAGGGCCUUCGCACUCUCAGUGCUCGGGCCCUAAUUAUCAAAGAGUAAAAGUUAUCUCAAACUGAUUUCAUAAACCUGACAACAGGAUUGGCUGGCUGCCUCCCUGUAGGGCGAAGAUUUGAAGGUGGGAGCAAAGGCAGGCUGAUAAGAUUCAGGUGUAUAUAUAAAUGCUCACACAGGAGAGAGCUCCGUCACUCUCUCUCUUCGUAUUUGUAGCGCUUUCGUGCGUGUAGCAGGUUACCGGUGUCCGGGCUGUGAUGGACCGCUGGCGGGGCAGAGUGGCUCUGGUGACCGGAGCCUCGGUCGGGAUUGGGGCGGCUGUAGCCGUAGAGUUGGUCCGGCACGGUAUGAAAGUGGUGGGCUGCGCCAGGGACGUCGCAAAAAUCCAGAAACUGGCAGCAGAGUGUCAGAGCGCCGGACACCCUGGUGUUUUGGUGCCUUUCAAGUGUGACUUGACUAAAGAGGAGGAGAUUCUCUCCAUGUUUGCAGCGAUCAAAGAGCAGCACAAAGGUGUGGACGUGUGCAUCAACAACGCUGGCUUAAAUCAUCUAGAGUCGCUGCUAAGUGGCAAAACCAGCAGCUGGAAGAACAUCAUUGAUGUCAACGUUCUUGCUCUGAGCAUCUGCACACGUGAAGCUUAUCAGUCAAUGAAAGAGAGAAACGUGGAUGAUGGGCACAUCAUAAACAUAAACAGCAUCUGUGGACAUCAAGUCAUUCCAGUUGCUGAAGCACAUUUCUACACUGCCAGCAAGUAUGCUGUAACUGCUCUGACUGAGGGCCUGAGACAGGAGCUGCGUGCUGAAAACACCCAUAUCCGAGCCACAAGCAUUUCUCCUGGUUUAGUGGCCACAGAAUUUAUAUCACGGGCCAGCAGCAACAAUCCUGAUGAAGUCGCUGCCCUAUAUGCUACACGCAAGUCUCUGCAAACAAAAGACAUUGCCAGUGCUGUCACGUACGUCCUCAGUGCCCCUCCUCAUGUUCAGAUUGGAGAACUUGUGGUUGAACCUGUAUAGCAGGUGUCAUGUUGCCCCAGCAACCCCAGUACCAGGACCCAGGCUCGUCUUCACAUUAAAGUGGCGUGAUUGGCUCAUCUGACUACUCAACACAGCAAGAUCAACUCACAGAAUACAAACAAAACAAACAAGCUUUAUUCGUCACGUACAGAGUCAUACAGAGUACAACAUGCAGUGAAAUGUUUUUGUGUCCGAACUCCGGACAGGCUGCAGACGUAGCCGCGCCAUUCCAGGGCAUGAUUUUUAGCAUGGGGGAUCUAGCAAGGACCCUUACUGGAUACUGGGUAAGGGUCCUGGCUAGACCCCUAGAAUACGGAAACAAAGGAAAUUUGCCCAAGUGUUAACUGUCUUCUUCUUAAAAAUGCUGGCACAUGAUGCACUUCCUCUGUUGCAUGUUUAACUGUGACCUACCUCUUUUGGCACUCUGUGAGGAUGUUACCAUCACUGUGUUUGUGUUAGUGUCUUUGAGAAGUUGCACCAUGUGACCCUCUUAUCAGAAUCAUCCGAAUCAGAAACUUGAAGCGGAAACUCAUCAAAAUGAAGAAGUGCUCAAAUAAAUGCUGAAUGAGAGAAAAAGACAUGAAAUACGCUCAGUGUCAAUGUAUAAAUUCAAGACUCAAGAAGUUGAUUGUCAUUUCGUAUGGUGUUACCCAGCCUGAAACGAAAUACUGUUUCUCACCAGCCUCUACAGUGCAAACAGCAAUACAGUUUAAAAAGAAUAAAUACAGUUUAAAAAGAAUAAGUCUAAAA